CGGAAAGCGGGGCUGUGCGCGGAGCCGAGGAGAAGGAGGGCGCGGCGGCGGGCGAACGAGUUAUUUUGUGCUCCCGGCUCGGCUGCGCUCCACGCCGGCGUCCGAGCGCGCGCCAGGGCCCCGGGGGCGGCGAUGGCUUCGAUGGCGGCGGCGAUCGCCGCUUCCCGCACGGCGGCCCUGAACGGCAACCGGCCGCUGGACGAGCGGGAGCGCAAGCGCUUCAGUUACUUCUCGUCGCUCAACCCUAUGGCGCGCAAGAUCAUGGCGGAGAAGGAGCGCAUCCGCGAGCGCUACGGGCCCGACUGGGAGCGCCUGCCGCCCCGCCAGCAGGACGAGAUCAUCGACCAGACCCUGGUGGAGCCCCACAUCCAGGCCCGCUACGCGGCGCACCGAGGGGUCGCCCGAGGACCCCCGCCGCCGGUCUGCUACCCGAACCUGCGCCUCAACACCGGCCAGAAGGUGGUGCACUUCGGGGACGAGGAUAUCACAUGGCAAGAUGAACACUCUGCUCCUUUCUCAUGGGAAACCAAGAGUCAGAUGGAGUUCAGCAUUGCUUCUCUGUCCAUACAAGAGCCAAGCGCAGUGGCAUUGCAGAGCGAACCAAAGCAGACCACCAAAACCGCUCCAGGGCCCCCAGCCCCCAAGCCCACACAAGGUGCUAAAACACCUAACUCAGAGGGGCUUCUGCCGGCUAGGAAAGAGGAGGAGUCGUCAUUCUGGAAGAUCAAUGCUGAGCGCUCGAAGUGUGACGGAGAACAGUCUGAAUUCUGUUCUCUGACUCCAAGCCAGAUCAAGUCCAUGGAGAAAGGAGAGAAGACCCUCCAGCCUUACUACAGGCAAGAAUCUGGUCCAAAAGAGGCAACCAAAGCAGAGAAGCCUAGUGCCAGCAAACCUGAAAAAUUGACCGCCCCAGUUCUUGCUGCAACUUCAAUAGAAUGGGAAAAACCUCAGCCUGGCCAGCCAAGUCCUCCUGAUGUUUGUCCUGAGCCAGUGGAAAAACUCUCAUCAACUGGGACCAAAAGUGAGGAGUCUGAUAGUGGUUUCCUUUCAGAAUUGCAGAGCAAUGCAAAUAACGUUAUCUUGAAGACAGGAUUUGAUUUUCUAGACAACUGGUAAAGGACCAAAAUAGCUUCAGCUCAGUUUUGGAGGAAGAGAAAAGGAACAUCUCUCUUCCAGGCUACUUUAUUUUAUUUUAUUGGUAUUGGCUUCUAUUUGAUCUUUAAAACUAAUAUUUUUUCCAACUGUUUUAAAUGUUGCCUUUGUAUUUACACUUUUUUUGUAAAACCAUAUGGAUAUUUGUAUUUUGGAAUUGUCCAGUGUUAGAAGUAUGGUUUUUUUCCCCCCUUUAUGAUUCUAUAGGGUGAAUUGUUAUAUUGGAGAUGGGACAGGAUACAUUUCCUAAUUAGUGUUAUGUGUUUUAAGGACAAGGUGGAGGGAUCUGAUCUAGAGAGAGAGAGAGAGAAGUUGAAGGCACCCGACAGAGGCACCUAUUUUCAUUUCCUAUACAAAUAAAACCACACCUUAUGGGCUGCAACAUAACUUAAAGAAAGCAAUUUACGUGGAGAUGGUGCAGCGGCAAAACACCGUAGGCCUAGGUUCUGCUGAAGCACAAAGCUCGAAAACCCAAAUUAAUCUUGUCUGUUUCAAAUAAACUACACAGAAAUUAAGGCUACAGAUUUUUACACUUUUAUUUUUGUAUAGGUAUGUUUAGUUUGACCAACUUAUUUCUAAUGGUGGUAUUGGUAAUGUGGUCUGAAAUGUUUUUGAAAUGGAAAAGCUUUGACAAAGGAGGCUGUUCAAACCAGCACCAUAGCUAUACUUGGGAGAAUAAUUUGCCUAAAUGCAAAGCCAAUGUGGAGAGGGACAUGGCAAAAGAGAAGACAAAACCCCACAAAUACAUUGCAGCGAAGCUUCUCUUUUAUUUUAUCUUUGAAAAAUAACUCAGUAAGAAUAUUUUGGGUGAAUACAACCUUGCAAAACAAACGGUUCUCGUGAGACCUCUUAGCAUUCCUCGUAACAGUGGCAUUGCAGUAAGGCACACCAAUCUGUAGGAUUGUAAAUUGCCUCUUCCCUGCCCCUCCUGCAAAAGAAAACUCUACAGUAAUCCACCAUGUUUGAAACUUGUAGGGUGACUAGGCUGUUAAAGGUACAGUGGUGCCUCGCUUAACGAAUGCCCUGCUUAACGAAAUUUCCGCUUAACGAAAGGAUUUUUCGAGCGGAGGUUGCCUCGCUAGACGAAUUCAUUUUAUGAAAAAUUCGUCUAGCGAAUCGCGGUUUCCCAUAGGAAUGCAUUGAAAUUCAAUUAAUGCAUUCCUAUGGGCAAAAAAAUAUUCAAUGCAUUCCUAUGGGAUUCGCUAGACGAAUUUUUAGUUAUAAGAAAAGACCCGUGGAACGAAUUAAAUUCGUCUAGCGAGGCACCACUGUAUUGGCAUUCUGUCCUCUUGAAUCCAGCCACUUUAUCCGAGAGGUUGUUUUUUAAAAAAACUGUUUCAAUAAUAAUAUUAAUGGUAGUAGUAGUAGUAGUAGUACUGUAAUAAGUUUCUCUUGAAGGUAUCUUGACUAAUUUCUGGUGCUGCAUCCCUUAGUGAGGCUAGAAUUCCCAACAUGUCUCUCUCUCACACACAAACCUUGAUGUGCUAAGUUUUGUUAGUUGCUUUUUUAAAAAACUUGCAGAGAGCUAUUUAUAUGAUGGGUUGGUCAUUCCAAAAAUGGCACCCCUCCGCUAUAGCUUGAAAUUAUACAGUCCAAUCCACCACCUCAGGAUUCUAGCACCUCCUUCUUUCUGCUGCACGUGUAGACCAGGCCUCAUUGUUGUCAACUGUUUAAAAUGUACGUGUGUGAGUAGAACUGCCACCUGACAAUGCGUCAUGGUUUUCCAUUUUGCCUCAAUGCUAUACCUAUCACCUUCAAGCCUUAAUUUCCCUCUACGCACAACUAGUGAUCCGUCCAAUCCAAAGCCAAAGGUGACUGACCUUCUGAUUUUAAACCCCAAUAACUGAAUUUCUGGAGUAUUGACCCAAGGCAGUGGUUCUUUGUGCCAACUCUUGGCUGCCUCAUGGAGAUCCUACAAAGUUUGCAUCAGACUACUUCUACAGGACAAAAAAAAACACAAACCCAAAUCUUACACCCUCUCUUUUUUCCAGUGCUUUUUUUGUAACAGCAUGUGCUAGUAGCCUCCUCCGGGUAGCUUAUCGCAACCUCUGUUUGCUCGACCUCACACUAGUGUAUAAACUAAAACCUGAAAAUUCCUCUUCAUCUACAUAAGCUCUACUUCAGUCCACUUUCUGUACAUCCAACCUCCUGUUCUCUCAAUGUACUCUGCAGGAAAAAUAGAUUGCUACACUUAAACCAAAUUAAGAGACUUCUUCUCUGUCUUUGUUCCAAAGACACGUUCAUCUGUGUUGCAGUGGAAGAUAAGAAAAUAUGGGGGAACACCAAAGGAAAUGCUGCUUCUGUGUCCCCAUCUCUCUCACACAUGGGCGUUUGGGGUAAAACAGCGAUGUAGGCAGGAUAAAUAUGUGCAUCUCUAAACACUCAAGAUGCACACUCCAGAGCUCGGGAUAACUUGUUCCCUGUGGCAUCUUUGGGGAUGCAUCUCUCCAUCACACUGUGUUUACUGUAGCAGUACCUGUCAUGCCGCGUCGCUGUGCUGCCAUGUUCAGUGUGAAUUGGCUCUUGAGUAACAAGCAGCUUCCUGACACUGCUAGUUAUUCAACUUGGGUUACUUACUGACAGUUCAAAAUGGCAAGAGGCUGAAGAGAUUUUCGCAACAGAAAGCCUCUUGCCGUUCUGGUAGCAGUUUGUGAGCAAUCUGUUUAUGGCUACGUUUACAGGUUUUCUGAGUCACUUUAAUAUUUGUAAAAUAAAUUCAGGACGGUUUUUUUAAAAUUAAAAAAACAUUUGGUAUUUAAAAAGCAACAAAACACUAUGAUUGAGCACAAGUUCUACAUGCAUGAAGGCAUUUCUGAUUCACAUUUUGGCAUUUGAAAGGGAAUAUUUGCAAUCUUAUAAAAGCUGAAUAAUGUGAAGUGUGACUUUCUUUUUUUAGUUCAGGUCCUCUUCUCUGUGCUGACAACUUCAAGAAGCAGAUGUUUUCAGUUUAACAGACAAGUAAUGUCACUUUCCAUAUUUUUUGGCCCAUGAAAGAAAAUGCCCUAAGGCAUAGCUGUCAAGUUCUCCCCUUUUUUUAAAGGGAAAUUCCCUUAUGCUGAAUAGGCUUCCUCGCGAGAAAAGGGAAAACUUGACAGCUAUGCCCUAAGGCCUAGAGAAGCAUCUUUUUAAAAUCACUGCUUUCAUGCACUGACAAUGGAUAAACGGAUAGAAUCUGUGUUAUUUUCUUCUUCUGUUCUCUUGUUUCGGAGUCUUUCAUCUUAUACACUUAUGGUUUACUUCCUCUAAAGUGUUUGUACACAGCCAAUUCACUACAGUGAGGCUUACUCAGAAGAUGUUGAUGGAUUGUACUCAGUGCAACCAGAAACCUUUACUCUCCCUUUCCCUUUACUGUGCUUUGAUGGCUAAAUCGGAUGCUUCUCCGUUUCUUAGAUACGUUUUUAUUGAAGUUCGUAUUCAAGAUACUUGGUCACAUUUUGUAUAAAAUUACUUCUUAAUUAAAGGCACCUGACAUAAACCAG